CAGAAAAUAUGUUUGACAAGAACAGCACUAUCUACCGAAAAAAAACAACUGUCAUUAAAUUUUAAACAACAGAACUGUCAAAGUGUCAAAAAAGAUCGCAAAAUAAAGAAUAAUUUGUGAAACUUUUAUAAUUUUUUUUAUUUCAUUCAAUAUGAUGAAUAUGCAUGCAAUGCCUCAACAACCUCCACAAAAUACCCAGCCAAAUCAACCACCUCAGCAACAAUUGUCUCAGCACCUAGAUAAUAUUACGAAAGUAAGGUCUUUAAUCGGUCCUUUACGAGAUGGCUUAUCGGCUACUUUAAAAACGGCAGCCCAAACUCUUCAACAAAACAGUUUAAUUGAUACAGGGUCACAAAAAGGUGUAGAUUUACCAUUGCCGAGGUUCGAUAAAAAUUUAGAAGAAUUUUAUUCAGUUUGUGAUCAAAUUGAAUUACAUUUGAAAACAUCUAUCAAAUGUAUAUCACAACAGGCAAGUGCUCAACGUUAUUUACCAUUAGCAGUAUCUGUAACACGAACAGAUGCACUUGGUACUCCUGAUGGAAGUGGAACAUUAACGUAUCCACAAUUUUUAGCCACAGCGAAUGCCCAAGUUGCAUUCGCUAAGGAAGUACACGAUACUCUAGUUGCAGCUGCACAAAAUAUAUCACCAACAGAAUAAAAAUAUUAAUAAUAAGUUUUUUUGUCUACAUUUUGGAAUUUUUCGAAAAAAUUUAGCACCGAAAGCAGAAAUUAUUACAACAAAUUUCUAUU